AUGGUCCUGGAAGCAACCGUGCUAAUUGUGGACAAUUCAGAGUUUUCUAGAAACGGAGAUUUUCCCAGAACCAGAUUCGAGGCGCAGAUCGAUGCCGUUGAAUUCUUAUUUCAAGCCAAACGUAACAGCAAUCCAGAGAAUUCGGUUGGAUUGAUUUCGGCUGCGGGAAGCAACCCGCAAGUUUUGUCGACGUUUACGCCCGAAUUUGGCAAAAUCUUGGCAGGACUCCAUGAAACCACGAUUGGUGGUGAACUAAGACUGAGUACGGCAAUUCAAAUAGCGGCUUUAACUCUGAAGCACCGUCAAAACAAGGUCCAGCAUCAGCGUAUCAUAGCAUUUGUGUGUAGUCCGCUGGGGGACGAUAAGGAUGAACUCAUCAAAUUGGCAAAGAAACUGAAAAAGAAUAAAAUAGCUGUGGACGUGGUCAACUUUGGUGAAAUUGACAGCAACACUGCUGUUUUAGAAGAGUUCAUACAGACUGUUAACAAUCCACAGGAAGAAAGCAGUCAUAUCACAACGAUAUCACCAGGCCCAAGGCUGCUGUACGAACACAUAGCUGCCUCGCCCAUAGUGCUUGAAGAGGGUGCAGAACCUGGCUUUGGCGGUAUGGGAGGCUCUGGAAUGGGUGGCGGAGAUGACUUUAUGGACUUCGGUGUCGACCCCUCCAUGGACCCCGAGCUUGCCCUCGCUCUACGUUUGUCCAUGGAGGAAGAACAGGCUAGGCAAGAGCGGCUCAGGCAGCAGACUGAAAGCGGUGGUGCGAAUGCCAACUCAUCAGCCAACUAG